ACAAUGGAUAAGCGCAGGCAUGAUGAGAUAGUUGAGUCUGAGAGACCUUAUUUUUAGGGUGAUAGGACAUUGAUAUAAGUGCACUACGUCCAACACAUGCAACAAUCGACCUACGGAUGCCAUAAACGGACCUCUUAAUAAAUUCCAAUUGGAAAAGCACCAAAGUGACAACCAAACUAUGCAGAGACAGUGAUCCCAGACUUGAAAUCGAGUCUACAAAAGGACCAUGGUCAAAGUGCACUACGUCCUGAACUAUGCGACAAUCGCCAUUACGGUGUAUAUAGCUGUCAAAAACUUUCAAGUAGGCUUAAGUAACUGAUCUGCGUAUAUCACCAGCAACCAAACUACAAGAAAAGAGAACAACAAUGGGGUGCAAUUUUCUCCAAAGUGUAUCAAGUUGGUUUGUUAAAACCUUCAAAGAUGGCGGUCUUCUUGGAUGGUUUGCUGUUCUGGGUUUAUUUUCAUCAUGGAUAGCGUGGGUAGGAUUGAUUAAGGGUCUUGCUGUGAUGUUACCAACUCUACAAGAACAAUUCAACGCUUCGACUUGGUUAGUUGGCUGGAUGAUUGCUAUUAUAGACGCCAGUAUGCAGAUUUCAGCUUUAUUUGCCUCUCCACUACGAGAGAAACUAGGAGUGCGAGUUGUGGUCAUGGUGAGUGGGUUACUCGUCGGUGGUUCGCUGAUAGCUUCGGCUUAUGCCACCAGUUUGUCUCAGAUAACGGUUCUACUCACUCUAGCUGCCGGGCCUGCGGUUGGUUUUUCACUCAUUGUUAGUAAAGAAUUGGUUGGACGCUGCUUUAAUGAAGCAAGCACAACAGCUUUCGGCGUGGGAAUACUUGGCGGUUCCCUUGCCUUCGUCACCUGCGUACCCUUAACGCAAUUCUUCUUGGAUGUUUACGGCUGGAGGGGAACCAUGCUGCUACUUGGGGCGAUAUUUUCCCAUCUUGCUGUCUGUGGAGCUUUAAUGAAAGAACCCGCUGUAAAAAGAAGUAACGAUGAAUAUCAAAGAGUUGCUUUAAAUGACGACACCGGUGAUGGAGAACCAACAUCAAACAGCCGUUGUUGCUCUUGUUUUAACAGUGUUCACUCAUUCAUCAGCCAGACUUUCAAGCUUGGUUUAUUCUCCUUACCAGCAUUUUGGCUUAUAAUCUUCAUGUGCAACAUUUGGAUGAUGAUGAACGUAGCUUGGGUCAUAUAUUUUGUGGUAUACACAACCGUAUCCAAGGGGUUUUCGCUUGGAGACGCUUCCAACUUUGUCGUCAGUUAUGGAAUUGGGAGAAUAAUUAGCAGUUUAACAGUUGGGCCGUUGGUCAAAAACUUUCAGGUACUAAGUCUAAGCAACUCUGCGUGGUUAGGACUUGGACUAUUCAUAUCGUCGUUGUAUUAUCUCAUUGAUCCCUGGCUGAUGUCCUAUUGGCCAAUCAUUGUGGCAGCUUUCAUCUGCGGAUAUUUCACAGUGAUGGUACACAUACAAGUUGACCUCGUCAUUAUAGAGUCAUUUGGUGCUGAUCAAAUGGGAUUCUUUAUGGGUUGGAAUGGACUUUUCACUGGAGUGACCGGGCUCUUCACAUUGUAUUUACCAGGGGUACUCUACGACCUUUAUGGUAGUUAUACCAUUAGCUUCAUUCUGAUGGGAGGCGUGCAACUUCUCACUGUGGUGGCUCUACUCGCUUUAGUCUGGCUGCGAAGACGCCGUCCAGUCAGCCUCUGAAGGGAGGUGUCCACUGUCUCAUUGUGGUGGCUCUUACUCGCUUGAGUCUGGCUGCGAACGUCCCAGCCAGCCUCUGAUGGGAGGUGCCCAGCUAACAUGCAUGCGUUGAGCCAACGUCGGUGAACGUCGGCUUCAAAACACAUGUUAAACAUACGAUAGGAAGGUCCAACAUAAUGCCGACAUUGGGCCGGUGUCCCAGGGAAUUCUGCUGUCCGCCGGAGGGGGUCCCCGUACGAGAAAUUAGCGAGCUUUCUCAAGACGACGGGAGGGAGCAAGGCGACGGUAAACAACAUUCUCAGCAUAUUUGUUUUCACAGGGAAGAUGAGGCCACUGGCACCAAGUGGUGGUGUGAGCAAAGACGGAAGAUGGAACAAGGAGCUGGCGUGUACACAUGUACACAUGUAGAGUACUUGUAUGCAAUAUACGAGUAGAGAGUACUCUUGACACGCUUGGUUGGUUGCGCCUAAUAUGUGAGAAAGAAGGUUCAACCAUGGAGGAAUAAAUUAAUUGAUUCCUCCAUGGUUCAACACGCCCAUUAAUGCUAAGUGGCCUCAUCGUCUGGGGAAAAAAAAUACGCCGUAAGGGAUUACUGAUUACAAUAGAGAUCGCUAUAAGGAAAAUCGAUCAACGCAUGCGCCAAACAUAAGUAGUCUCCGUGUUGCGUGAUUGGGAACGCUAUUUUUGGUGAAACAACGUCCGGUCUGUAUGCCAACGGAGUGAUGUCGUUUGUUGUACACGUUGUAUGGUGAGGGAGCCUUGUGAUAGACUUGAUUCAAGCCCCGUUCUCGUGCGACAAGUCCCUAAUCAUAUCCGACGUCAAACAUGUAGCUGUUGUGGUCCCGGGAAUGGCCAAGCAAAGGUUGGGGAUGCAUUAAGCCUCGCAAAAGUUGUCUGAUGUUAAGGCGAUGGGACUGGACAUAA